AUGAACACACAUUUGGAAAAGUGGGCUUUGAUUCCAUCAGACCCAGCCAUCUUCGAGGACAUGAUUCAGCAAUAUGGAAUUGAAGAAGUUCGAGUAGAAGAGGUAUUUGCACUCGACUUACUGGAUGAUGACAAAGACAAUACCGACAUUCAUGGCUUGAUCUUUAUUUCUCGCUAUGUAGAAGAAGAACUUCCAACCAACUUUGAACAAGCCGACCCCCUGGCAAAAGACAUUGUCUUUACAGCACAAGUCGUGACAAAUAUCUGCGCUACUUUGGCUCUUUUAGCGGUCUUACUCAAUGCAAACAUCAACAAAGGACAUAUUCUCAACAACUUUUUACGGUUCACUGAAGGUUUCUCUUCCAUUGAUCGGGGAAUGUGUUUAGGCUAUUGUCAAGAAAUACGUUCAAUUCAUGAUGCGUACGCCGGUAAUGCAUACCAUAUAGCUGAAGACGCCAUGGAUGUAUCAACUGGACAUGGCAAUGCGAAUUGCGAUGUUGUCGAUACGGAAAACUACCAUUAUAUUAGCUACAUAUACAAGAAUGGCUUCGUUUGGGAGCUUGACGGACUCAAAAAUCAACCACUAAGACUUCAAGGGUGUACACAUGAGGAGUGGAUCACUAGAGUAAAACCAAUCAUCCAGCAACGAAUGCAAGAUCGGGUAGACGUCAGCUUGAUGGCAAUCACCAAAGAUAACUACCAUGCCAAAUUAAAACAAAAGAAUGCCUUUAAUUCAUACUUGCGGUUAUCAAAAGAAGUAGUUAGAAAGAGAUUAGCCAAAUCAACAUUACCACGGUACAAAAAGGCAUUUUUCCAGAUUAUCAACGAGGCAGAUACGCAAUACCAUGACACGAUGAAGGACAUUUGGAUCUCCAUGUACAGUCAAAACUACACAGCAGCAGAAGCAAAAAUAGACGCAUUUGCGAUGGAAAUCAAUCCCUUCAACCGACAAGUCGACCAACUCACAGCCGAAAGAGAGAGAGCCAAAGCAAAUUCUACGCGACAAAAGUUUGAUUAUUUCCCCUUUGUACAAGCUUUUUUCAAAUCAAGCUUUCAGUACAACUUAUUACAUGAUCCAUUGAUACUAGCAAAACGAAAAUCAGUAGAGAAGAAGGCCACCGAGAUACCAACAAACAAAAGUACAUUAAUAAAGCGAAAGCCAACCAAGAAGACAGCGACGAAGGUCCCAUGA